AGUAUUUGGUGCUGCUAUCCUGCUGACAUCCUCCCUCAACAUGUUAAUACCGUCUGCAGCCAGGGUGCACUAUGGGUGUGUCAUCUUUGUUAGGAUCUUGCAGGGCCUUGUAGAGGGGGUCACCUACCCUGCCUGCCACGGUAUUUGGAGCAAGUGGGCCCCCCCAUUAGAAAGAAGUAGGUUAGCAACCACUUCCUUUUGUGGUUCCUAUGCAGGAGCUGUUAUUGCAAUGCCUUUAGCUGGAAUUCUAGUGCAAUAUACUGGGUGGUCUUCUGUGUUCUAUGUGUAUGGGAGCUUUGGUAUAGUCUGGUAUAUGUUUUGGCUUUUGGUUUCAUAUGAGAGCCCUGCAAAGCAUCCUACAAUCACAGAUGAAGAAAGGAGAUACAUAGAAGAAAGCAUUGGAGAGAGUGCCAACCUCCUAGGUGCAAUGGAAAAAUAUAAAACUCCAUGGAGAAAAUUUUUUACAUCUAUGCCAGUCUAUGCAAUAAUUGUUGCAAACUUCUGUAGAAGCUGGACUUUUUACUUGCUGCUUAUUAGUCAGCCUGCUUACUUUGAGGAAGUCUUUGGAUUUGAAAUAAGCAAGGUGGGUAUCUUAUCUGCUGUGCCGCAUUUAGUGAUGACAAUUAUUGUUCCUAUUGGGGGACAAAUUGCUGACUUUUUAAGAAGCAGGCAGAUUCUUUCAACCACUACUGUGAGAAAGAUAAUGAACUGUGGCGGUUUUGGUAUGGAAGCGACUCUUCUUCUCGUGGUGGGAUAUUCUCACAGUAAAGGAGUGGCUAUUUCAUUCUUAGUGCUUGCAGUAGGCUUUAGUGGAUUCGCCAUAUCUGGAUUCAAUGUCAACCACUUAGACAUUGCCCCGAGGUAUGCCAGCAUCUUAAUGGGGAUUUCUAAUGGAGUCGGGACCUUGUCUGGAAUGGUUUGCCCUAUAAUUGUUGGAGCAAUGACAAAGAACAAGACACGUGAAGAGUGGCAGUAUGUCUUCCUCAUUGCUGCUUUAGUUCAUUACGGAGGUGUUAUCUUCUAUGGCAUAUUUGCUUCAGGAGAGAAACAACCUUGGGCAGACCCUGAACAGACAAGUGAAGAGAAGUGUGGCUUUAUUCACGAAGAUGAACUUGCUGAAGAGACAGGGGACAUUACUCAGAAUUAUGUAAAUUAUGGUACCACCAAGUCUUAUGGUGCUACAACCCAGGUCAACGGUGGCUGGCCUAAUGGUUGGGAGAAAAAAGAGGAAUUUGUACAAGAGGAAGUACAAGACUCAUACAACUACAAGGAAGGAGAUUAUUCAUAACAAACCUAAAUAUUGGGUAUAUUUUGUAGUGUUUGUGAUUAAAUUCAUUGUGAUUGUUUGCACACAGGAAUAAAAUGUGGUAUAAACAUGUAAACACAUAUCAAACAGGAAGGUCUUACUGUAAAAAAAAUUCAUUAAAGUGCAAUCUGUAUGAGUUGUGACAUUUCAUCACUUUCAUUAGGUUAUAUUUGUUCUAUUAACAUUAGAGUUUUAAGGGUUUACUGGUCAAAACUAUAGAGGCAAUUAGAUACUUACAGUAUACAAGAGCUAAAACUCAUAACUAAGGAUUAAAGCACAACUAAGCAACCAAGUUGGCACAUCUACUGCUCUUUUUAGAAAGCCAAAAUUACUUGAUAAUUAAAAUGCACUUAUAUAUUUGUUACACUGUAUUGAAAGAGAUUGUGUUAAAUACACACGUUUACUCAGUGCAAUGUAGGAAUUGUGUGUUUAGUCUAAGACAAGAGCUUUCUUAAACAAGAAAGGUUGCGUCCUAGGCAUUUACAGAGGAUUGAUCCAGUUCCCUUAAUGGUAAUUGUAUCAAGCCUAAAGAACAAAUAGGGCAUAUUGUAUGUUUAUCGUGAUUACAUGCUGCAGGCUACUCUGUGAUGAAUAAAAGAAUUAUUUAGGAGUUUUAUACUGAAUGUUUGGGCACAAAUUCUUAUUUCUAUUCUUUACAGAACCUUAUGAAAUUAUAGGCAUUGUCUUGUUCUUCCCUGCAUUUAUCAACUAAUAUAAAAAUAAUAUAAAAUGUUAAGUCUGACUUUUCAUGCAGACUGUCAAAUCCCUUUAUCAAAAAACAAGCUUUAUUAUUCUUUUCUUUGCAGUAUAUUCCAACU